GAACUGCCUCGAACUGCCACAAACUGCCUCGAACUGCCUCGAACUGCCACAAAUUCCUGGGCUGAUGAAGGCUGCCAUGAAUCCUGCCAUAAUACAGCUUUGAUAUCAGGUUACAGCAAUUUUCCUAUCAGCUGGAGACCCACAACUAUGACAUACCUCGACCCACUGACGCUGGGCCGCAUAGCCGCCAAUGCCCAGAAUGCGACCGCGCGCGAGGUGCUCCUGGCCUGCGGUGUCCAGAUGCUGGUGGCACUGCUGCUGGGCCUAUUGCGUGGCAGGCUAUGGCGCGUGCCACCGAUGCCCUCGCCGCCGCUGCAGCAGCAAGCUCUGCUACGCACCGCGGAGGCGUUGCUACAGCACCCGGUCCACUGCCACUGCUUCCGCCGCAAGGCACAUGAUAAGCGGGCUUCAAUCUCCCUGGCGAGCUUCCGCAUGGCCGUGGAUGGUGAGACUGACGCCUCGCUGUCUCUGACCGAUGGCGACUUGGCGGCCGUGCGAGAGUUGCUCAGCGAGCUGGAUCUUCACAUCGAGCGGGUGCGUGGGUCACAGCAGGUGGUGCUCGACGCCUUUAUGUGGUUCACAAACCCCGGCGGCAACCAUGAGUGGCACACCGACGGCGUGCGGUCAGCGCCCAGCAGCUACGAGCAGCAGCUGCGUGUCACCAUCCCCCUGGUUGGUCGAUAUGACGUGCUGUUUCGCUGUCCAGUGGGCCAGCACGUGGGGCUGUCGACCAGCCCUGACGCGGGCGGUUAUGCAAUGGACAUGGUUGCUUCAGGCGCACAUGCUGCAACGUGCCUCAUCGACGGCAGCAGUAUCAGCAUGCAUCUCCAGCAUUGCGUGGCCCCUGUGCAGCAGCUCACCUGCUGUGUUAUAGUUGACUAUGCUGGUCCGGUGGGGCCAUGUUCCACCAGUAACCAGCUUCAGCCGCUGGUACCCACGCCGCUGGUACCCACGCCGCUGUUGCCCAUGCCGCUGGUGCCCGCUGAGGUUAGUAUGGUCUCACUCCCCCUGUCCCUGGCCUCAGCACCUGACCGUUAUCAGUGGCUGGCCCUUAUAUGGGCAACCAUGUACAAAGCAGUCUGUGCAGACGACGCUUUGGGCGGUGGGCCACACUAUGCAACUCUAGCGCAGCAUAUGUCGGUGAAGGCCAGCUGUAUGUACAAGCUGCAGCAGGCGUGGGCGGCGCACAACAGCGGGCAGCAGCUGAGCCCGCAGCAGCAGCAGCUGCUGGAGAGCGACCUGUCUUACCAGCUGCAGCAGGCGGCGGCGGCCCAGCAUCCAACCCAGGAGCAGCGGCAGCUGUUGCAGCAACAAUCUGCGUGGGCCAGCAAGGGUGGCACAGAAGCACGUGACCGCCGCAAUGCUGCCCGGGACCCGGACGCCGGUGCCCAGGUGCUGGUGGCACUGCAGCAGGCCUGGCACCGGGUGGCUGACCAGCAGCCGGUCGGCCGUCGGGUCUUCACCGAGGAUCAGGCGCGGCUGCUGAAGGCUGCCUACAGCGAAUGGAGCAGCUUGGAGGGCCGGUCGAUACCAUUGAACCAUGUGUGGAGCAACGCCGUGGCUCAGCUGACUGGUGUGGAUCUUCUGCGCCUCUUUAGCUGGAGACGCAAAAAUGGAUUCCCAUAAGGUAGGGGAGGGGGAGGGGGAGGGGGAGGGGCGGGGCGGACAAAUAGGUCAGCAAAUGGAUGAACAUGAUCGCAAAUUGAUAAUCAAUACCUGAUCAUACUGGCACCUUGUAUGGACAAACGAAAAUUGCUGAGGCCCACUUGGUGCGAAGUACGGCGUACCGAGAUGGCGAGAGAUCUGCCGACCGG